GCCCUCUCUGUCCGGGGGAGGGAGGAGGAGGGAAGGCGGCUCUCCUUCGGCCGGGACUCGGAGAGGCCUUUCGGGGAGAGAGCGCUCCUCCCUCGGGGGCCGAGGCCGGGCUUCCUGAGAGGAACCCCGUCCCCCGAAGAAGGCCCCUCUCUUCCGCUCCGAGAGAAGCCCGGGGCCGUCCUCCGGGGGCGAGGGAGCGGGCGCCGGCGCCUCUUCCAACGGAGGAGCCUCCGCUUCGAGACGGGGACAGGAUUCCAAGAUGGCCGACCCUCUGCUGCAGGAAUUCGAAAAGGGCAGCGGCGGCUGAGGCGGCGGUUCUGGGAGAGGAGCAGGAGCAGGAGGGCAGGCGGCCGUCCGGGGCCCCUCUCGGAGGCAGGCGGAAAGGCGGGCAGCCCCUCCGAGCCCCGCCGCCUCCCUCCCUCCCAUCCCUCCCUCCCUCGGCCUCUCUCUUUCGGGGGAACUGGGAGGGAAACGCUCCGGAAGAGCUGGGGCUUGGCGGCUUCGGCGCUGGGCCUCCGAGGGAGCUGGGCCUCGGCUGGGGCCCCUGGAGCCCCUUCGCGGGAGACCCCAACAACCAAGCGGCGAGGGCGGGGGCCUCUGGCUCAGAGAGAAGCUUCUGGAAGGCCGCUGGCCACAAACAGCCCUUGGCCGCCUUCGGAGGAGGAGGAGAGAGAGGCCCAGGGCUCCAGGGGGUUCCCCCAUUGGCGGCAGAUGGGCUUCGGCCCAGAGCCUCAGGCCAGCUCCCAGGCCAGGCCUUCCUCGGUGGGUCGGAGGAGCCACAAUGGAAAGAAAGGGGGCUCCGGAUCCCAGUUCCAGGCAACAAUCUCUGCCACGUGACCAGAGGCUCCGGCCCUCCUUGGCUUCGCUGCCUCUCGGCUGGUCUCUGGGAGACUCUGCUGCUCCAUCGGAGAAGGAGAAGGGUCCAGGGCCCUCCCUCCCUCCCUCAUGGCAGGCCCUGCCUGCAGAAGCCCAAAGGAAAGGGCUGCAGGGAACGGAGGCCCCUCUGGACCCUGGCAGGGCCCCCUUCCUUCUUCCGGGGGGGGGGCUCUUGGACAGACCCUUCCCUCCCCCCUUUCCCCAGAACAGUCAGGCGCCCAAGGGAGACGGGGCUCCUCUCCUCCAGGCGCUGGGACCCCCGGGGGCCCAAGGCUGGCAGCCCUUGCCCAGGAAAGGUGCUUGCGCAGGCCUACCUUGCAGGGCCCUCUUCCUGUUGGCACGCUUCUAAGUGCGAGGGCCUCCCCUGCGUCAGAGCAUGAGAUGUGGCCAGUUCUCCCAUUAAUAUUGCCAUACUUGCAGAUAUAACAAUGUUAACGCAGGUGGGCAAUGCCAGUGCGUUAAUUCUUCUGUUGCCAUAGGUCUUGCCUUUCAAGCCCUUGUUAAUGCUGUCCGUGGCAGCCUGUUGCUCAUGGCCUCGCUUUCAAGGGAGGCUGCCUGCGCCCGCUGGGCAAGGGGCUGCUCUUCAGAUUGUGCCCUAAAUGGAGCGCAGUUGGCAGCCUUAUUGGGGUUUAAUAGUGACUAAGCAGAGCUUUUUACAGCCCCAGCAGCCUAUUAACAUUUGAUUUGAUACCUUCGGUUUGGAAAGAAAGAGGUAAAACAUACUUCAGUGGUUUCAGUGUUGUGUUCAGGUCAGUUCAGAGCCUCGUGUGGGAAUGACUUCUGUCAGGACCUUUGGCUUAAGCCCUGUGCGGCGUGCGCUCUUUCCUCCCAUUGCUGCCCCCGCACUACAGAAAUGAUCCAGGCUGACGUCGGCUUAACUGCCCUGGCUCAGUGCUGUGGGAUUCUGGGAGCGGUAGUUUGUUCUGGUGCCAGAGCUAGACAUCGAGGAACAAUACUGCAAAUCCCAUAGCAUUGAGUUGAAGCGGUGCCAUCUUGGAUGAUGCAGCCACUGUCCCCCAAAGACACAGACAAACCGGGGCCAGCUCUUUUCCAGCUGGGAAAGGACUGGGGUUCGCUGCCCGCCGGGAGAACCGCUUGCGCUGCUUGGUUCAGCCUCCGAUUUGGGCUGUUAAUGGAAGUUAUGGGACACUUUCUCAGAACGGAAAACGCUUCUUGCCCCGCUGUUGGGUGGGAUGUAGACCAAACCCAUAAAGGACCCAGUUCUCUCCCAGUACUCCCCUGGACUGGUCCAGAAGGGCGUCUCUGGCCGCCCGGUGCCUGGGCUGCUGAUGGCAGAGAGGCCUUGGCUCUCCUUAAGGCCGCUGCGAUGCUGGGGUUGGCGCUACGCUUGGUGGCCCACCUGGCAGGGCUGCGCAGGAGGUGCCAGUGAGAUGGCAAUGCUUUGGAAAUUGUGAAGCCCAGAAGAAAACAGACCUUUCCAGAAAAUGGGGGGAAGUGUAAUAUCAGCCCACAAACUGAGAGUCACUUUGCCAUUUGGAAAACAUGAAAUGUGUUAUACUUUAAAAUGUUUAAUUUUUGUUACGAAUGGAACUACAAAACCCCUCUUUGCUUUCUUCCGUUUAUGACAAGCCCCCCAAACCCCCCCCCCAUGAAAAACUGGAGGAAACGUUGCCAUAAGUCAAAGAAGGUCAGUUUUUCUCUGCUGAUUCUCUCUGGUGUUAAGAGACAGUGUUUGCCACAUGGCUUUUAGAAAGGAGGUAGAAAGAGUAAAUAUGUGGAUGUGUGUCUUCAAUAUUUUAUUAUUCAUUCUAAGAGUAUGUUUCAUGGCCCAUUUUUCAGGGGAAAAGGCUUCUGGGAACAAUGGGAAAGAGCCAUCUUCUCCCUCUGGCCAGUUUUGCCAGGCCCUCCUGCGCUUUGGCCCCCAAAGAGCCUCCCAGUUCCGGAUCCCAGGCCUUGCGUCAGGCGUCAGAGGCGCCAGGUUUAGCUAACAAACUGUUGUGUUCGCUCUUCCAUUAAAAACACCUGUGAUAUACAGUUGACCCUCCGCUUUUGCAGUUUUGAUUAAUAUGUUCUCUCUGGCUCUGCCAGUUUGACCAUAGAGUCACAAUGGAGAACCCAAACGCUUCUCUCGGCAUUUGUAGGCCUUCCAGUGCAGUCUUUGCCAGAUGUUGGCAAUAGAGGUGUGCUGGAGGACCUAGAGAUUCCUAGAGAAGCAGGUGGGCAGCCAGGAGUUCAUCCAGAAGGCCUAUGGGGUCUUUGCUGAGAAGGAUGGCUGCCCUCCUGGGGCGGAAACCUCCCACAGUGGGGACUCUUUUUCCACAGGAGAGAGUUCUUCCAUUCCUACAAAUGCACCGCCGUUUUGUAAAAGUAAUUAGCAACAUCGUGAAUGCACCCAGCUGCAUUGGGAUUUCAAAGAGGUGGCACAGAUUUUGACUAGGAAGCACAUGCGUUUCUCUCACCCCUAUUUGUGAGCACAGGAACACUGUAAAUGAGAUGGUGGUGGCGGUGGUAAAAGGGGUGGUGGGGGGGCUGUGUAUUAAAGCUAAAGUGGUGCUGCCUGGCAGGGCUGAAAGGGCCAUUUUUAUCAUGACAAAAGCCUAUCCUGCCCAGCGUCCCACCCGCUUGGGCCACAGCUGCCCCGUGGCCCUCCCAGCCUCCAAGGCAAGCGGGCGGGAGGUCCAUGGGGUCUCUUCUCCUGGAUCUCAGCCCAGCGGGGAGUUGGCGCUUGCUUUUCUCAGCGGCCAGAGCUCAGGGCAGGCACCUAACCACUGCCCCACCUGCUGAGUCUACCUGGGUAAAUUACAAUCCCUGGACUGGGAGGAAUCUCUUUGCCUUUGUACGUUUAUGAAUACUUGGCAAAGAAAACACCUCAGCAUGAAUAAAACAAAGACAGUAAUUUUGCAUCUCAAGACACCCAAACUGCCAGGAAGGGAUAGCGCACUCCAUCCGCUGAGAAAAGGGGCUGGGGAAAGGAAACCAAGGCUGGCCAUUUCCAUGUAGCUUGCCUGCUAUGUAGCUUUUAGAAAUGAGGUAUCAGGAGUAAUUAUUUUAUUGUUUUAUAUUAUUAUUCUUUCUAAAAGAGAGCAUUCCAUAAUCUUUCCUUCAUUUUUGGGGGAGAAAGGGGGAAAGUAACAUUUGCCCCAAAGUUUUCUGCCCCCUCCCCAGGGCCUUCCCAUCUCUGCCUGUAACUGAAUGGUGGCGCUGGAUGGUUGUCUGUGUGCAGCUGUGUGGCAGAAAGGAUGCCUGGCCUGAACAAUCGGGGCCAAGCGCUCUUGGUGGCUGGAGGGCCUUUCCGUGGCCAUUUGGAGGCCCUGGCGGCCCCCGUGGCACCUUGGAGCUCCCGGCCAGAGCGGAGGGUGCUGAGGUGGCUGGGCCAGAAGGCAGUCGCUGUGGGCGGAAGGUGGGCCCUGGCCACGGAUGGGUGGGGGUCCUGGUGCGUGGCCUGGCACUGCCGGUCUAGGGGUGUUGGUGUGGGGGCACCAGGGGUGGAGGGCCACAGGUCUUUUUAAGGGCAGGUCUUGGGGGCAGGAGGGGGCAGUCUCCUGAGCUGCCUUUCUGGUGCCAUCUGCCCCCCCCCCCAAGGACGGAACUGCGCAAAGUCCUUCACGUGGCGGAAUGCGCGUGAAUGCUGCAACAGUUCAGGGCAGUGUGGAAAGGUUGGGCCCUGCAGUUUGGCAGUCUGUUUUGCUUAGGAAAGGCCUUGCCCAGCCCCUCAGGGCCAGGGGCUUUUCUGGGGUGGCGGCGGCGGAGGGUUUGCUCUCUCUCAGGUGCAGCCGCUCAGAAUUGCCCACCAAACCCUCUGCAGCAUAAGCCCAGGCGGUUUUCCCUCUCUGCACUUGCAUGACAGAAGUCUCUGUGUUACACUUAAUAGACAGUUAAAUCAGAUUUUGGCUAUGCAGAUCUUGGAGUCUGCUGUAACAUCAAUGGAAAUUGGUGCGUUCAACAAACAAAAACCCUUUAAAUUUUUAAUUUCCUUUUUCACGUUUCAGGGUUUCAAACUGUAACCUGAUUUCUUAGAGUUCUACAGCAAUGUAUGAAUUUGUAAAAUAUGAACACAAUAAAUGAAUUUAAAGUAUUUUCUAAACGCAAAGGGAAAAAAAUUCUCCCCUCAAAGACGUUGCUUCGUGAUUGCGAAGAGCGGUUGCGUAGCGAGGAAGCCGCAAGUGGAAGCGCAGCCUUUCGUUCACCAGGCCUGGCUUUUAUUCCGAGGUUUUGUUUGGGACGAGAAACAGUCAUGGACAGUGCUUUUUUAUCAGGAAUAGCGGGUUAGGAUCCUGCGCUGUGCCUUCGGUGGCAAACCGCAUCUGCCCCUUGGCAGACCUUGGGGUCCUGGGGUCUCUGCAAUGGCAGGAGAGGGAAGUGGCACCUGCCGGGCAACUCAUUUGCGUGCCUCGCGCAGAGAGGGGUGGAAACGCGCAUUCCCUGCUCAGGAAUCUGCUGCUGCAAGUUGCCAUUCCUCCAUUACAUUUCCAUCCUUUACUCCACAGCAAUUUGGGAUUGAGGGGCAAGAGAAAUCCUUUCGAGUUUCUUCUCUAAGCUUUCAGCAGAAGAGGAGGUAUGGUUGUGGUUGCUGCUGCUGCUGCUGUUGGCAUUGUUCUGUGUUGCUCUGUGCCAUCCGUACAACAGCCCUGUGAGGCAGAACAGGCAGGCGAGAGCUCUGCCCCUUUUUAGAGGGGCAGGGUGAAGGCCAAGCUUCCUGUUCCUUGCAGAUGGGGCCGCGAUCCCCACACACCUCCUUCCCUGAGAGGAAACAACAUUGGUUUCAAUGGGACUUGGUUUCUGAGUCGAAGAUAGGAUUGUGGGGUGCUUUUUUAAAAGGUUUUAAAAUCAGCUGACAGUGAUUAAUAUUUUUAGAGCUGCAGGUUUAAAGCCAGGACCCUUUCACUAGUUGAACCGAAGGGGUUGGACCUGGCGCAGAGUGUGUCGGGGCUGGAAACUAUUGCAUUUGCGGAGCCAUUUCUAUCGAUCCUUGAGCCGGCAGAUGGUCUGACACACAAGUGGGGAAGGGGCAGAGGGUCUCCCUGCCCUCCUCUCGCCUGCUUCCCGCCAGAGACGGCUGCUGUGGGGCCAAGUGCUCCCCCGUGGCAAGAUGCCCCAGCUGCCUGCCGCCACCCACAACAACAGAUCUGCUGCCCCCCAUUGCCAAGCAGCUCUGCCGCAAACGGGCUCCCAUGCUUCAUGCCUCCCCCCGCAAGGUGUCGUGGGCAAAGAACUUGGAAACAGGACCAGCCCACAGGCGACCCCCUUUGUGGCUCCCGCAUGUCUUGCUGGCCUUCUCCUUGGAAGAUGCCUGGGGUGUGUGGGUCCUGACUGGGAGCACCGCUUGUGGGAGGCCCAAGCCCCUUGGGGCAGAGAAGGGGAAGGCUGCUUCCUGGCUCUGGGGCCCCUGGCCCUUUUGGGGGUCUUUGGCCCGCUGUCCAGCCCUUGCAGCCCUCCCACGGUGUGUUGCAUGUCCAUCUGGGUGCCGUGGCUUUGGGGCUGGGGGGCUCAUGUGGGGCGGGGGCAGGCCCUUCCUCUGGCUCUCACUUUAGUCUUUGGCUGAAAGGCUCGCCAGGCACCUGCCUCUCUGGGAGGAAGCCGGGCUGGGCUUUGGCCUUUAAGGAUGUUUGGGAAUCUCUCUGCAACCUGCGUUUCCUCCUCUUCCCAAAACAGGGAUGUGAGGCAGCUCAGGGCAAGGGGCUGUAAACAAGGUACCAACAAAAGCAUAGAAGGCUAUUCUGUUGUGAUGCUGUUAAACAGAUUAUAUUAUUACAACACAGUUGCAUAGGAUGUGAUUUCAAAAGGCCUGGGUUUUCAAAGCCCCUUCCUUCUUUGUCAGUGAGUCAGUAGGCCAAAGCCCACCUGAAUGUCUUUAGAAGUUCUUUGCCGGUUGGCAAGAGGCGUCUGGGGCGGGACAGCCACCAGGAAGGCCUCCGGCUGGCCAGGAGGAGCGCCAUCGGAGCAGCUGGACAGACCGGCAGCCUUUGGGGAGGAAGAAUUGGCAGGGAAAGGCAGCUGCACUCCAUUGUUUGUGGGGCGGCCCUUGAAAAGACUCAGGAACUUCAGCUGGCCCAAAGAGCCUCCUCCGGAGCGCAGAACUCCCUUGCGACAGCCAUGGCUGCUGGGCUGCUGAUUCCCAGGGCCAGGUAUGGCCUCUCAGCCCCAGGCAGCUCUGGCCAGGCUCUCUGAAGGGCCGCGGCAUGGUCACAAGCGUCCUGCCAGGCCCCGUGGCCCUUGCCUUGGUCCAGCAAGACGCAGAGGCCCAUCGGGCUGGGAAGGCGGGAGAGGCUGCUUGGUGGCUGCUCCUGGGCUUUAGAACUCAACAAAGCCAGGCUGACUCCCUCUUUGGCCUUCUUUUGUCCCGACAGGCUUCUGGGAAAGGGCUUUUAAUGGGGUGCUUCUCUGUUUUGUUUCUUGUCUUUUUGUGGAUAUGUGUUUAAGUGGUUGGGUUUUGUUUUAAUUCUGCAGAACAAUUAUAUUUUAACAUUCAUUUUUGGCUGUUUUUAUCUCUCGGUGUUUUAACUCUAUUUGUUGUUAGUUUUGGUACCUGUGUGCAUUCUUCCUGCAUAUCUUACCUGUGGCUACUUGGAAUUUUGGCUUGCUAGCCCAUCUGCCCUUGCUCUGGCCGGCAGCUUGGCUUCCAAGUCCCAGCAGCCCUAGCAGCCAUCCAGCAGCAACGCAGAGAAGGGUUUUGAUGCCUGGUGUUUUCCGUGUUGCCUUCGUUUAUAGUGUAGUGGUUGGGAUCAAUUAAUGGAUUAUUUGUGUUUUAACGUUGUCUAAAUGGACCUGACCUUCCUAUUUUCAGUUCUGUUGAAUCAUACCAGUGGGGCAUUUACACUCUUGUCCUUUCUAAUAGCAAGAGAAAAACAAAAUGGACAUGAGGCAGUUUUCAUUUUUCAAGCUUCACCACAGGGAUACCGUUGUGGCCUGAUGCUGCUGCAAGAGAAGAUGGUUUUGUUGUUUGCCUUGUAAAGAGGUGUAUUGCGUGGCUAGAUUGUGAGGGAGUUGCAUCAUUUCAGGGUCCCAGGUGAUGAGCAGCUCAGUGGGCAGCCGGUCCUCUGGCCUGGACGGGUAGGGCCCUUUGUGUCCAUACGGUGCCAUGGCCUUCAUGUGCAAACGUUGCAAGAUAGACCCACAAGAGAAAUGGCGAAGUAAUGCUUUCCCUGCUUCCACAUUUAAAAACAUGUUUAAUCCAUUUGCUCUUGUGAGCCUGCAUGGCGUUGCUCAGAGCAUCCCUCCUGUUGUUGCUUAUUAAGGUUGGGGGCAGUGAGCAGUUUGGCUCCCCUUUCCUGCAUUGGAGGAAGGGGUCAGUUUCCAGGCUGGAUGGAGGAAGACUCCUGGCAAGAGUGGGGGGGGGGGGGGCAGAGGCGCAUGCUUACGCGUAUCUGUGGCCAGUGGAGGAGGCGCGCUGUCUGUUGCCUGGCAUUGGCGUAGCCAUAAUCCAUAUACCCCACCUUUGGUCCUGGGAUACAUGCAGCACAUUAUAAAAUUGUUUUAAUUGGUUUAAAUUGCCUGGCUUAAUCUAUUUUAGUCUUUUAAAAUUGCUGUUAUCAUUUAAUGUUUUACGUUGUAAGCUGCCCUGAGAUGGUUGGCUAUAGGGCAGUCUAUUAGUAUUUUAUAAAUGAAUGAAGAGAUGCAGGAAAAAUGGGGAAAAGCCCAGUAAGCCCAGUAUCACAUGGGCGAUGAGCAGAUGCCAGAAGCAGCGGCUUUCUCAAGGAGAGCACCUGCCUUUAGAAAAGAAAGUGCUCUUGUCCAAAGCCUGGAAAAGAGGCGGCAGAAGUCUAGUGGCAGAGGAUGGUCUGGUGGCUCUGCUGGCCUUUCCUCUGAUGGAUUCCCCUCCUGUUUCACAAAAUCCCACCCACGCAUUUGGCCGCCAAGAUGGCUGCUGGCCAUCCGGACACGAGAGCAGCCCCUUUCAGUCAGCAAACGUUUACCAAGGAUAAGUUCCUUUUGGUAUCUUUAGCUGUUGCUUUUGAGGGGCUGGGGGUGAGGCCAAAGAUUGCCCCACAGCCGGACAGGUGCUUUCUGUACCUGGGAUGUGGCAAAACUAUGGUCCACACCAGACACACACACCCCCGAACCAGGUCUCAAAGCACUGGAGCCAGUGGGGUCACUACACACGUGGGCCUGGGCGCAUGCACAAGUGCGGGCAGGUCCCCUGAGCCUCAUGUUAUUAAGCCUCUGCACUAGCUCCCAAAAUACAGUGUUAAUGAAAAUGCAAUUAUUAACACUAGAAUACCAACGCAGCAAAAAGUCACUUGAUCUGAUCUAAAACCUGUGAUUUCUUCCCCUUCACCACCACCAUUUUUGCACACACCUCACUUUCCACCUUUCAAAGCCAACGCUGGAUAGAAACACCCUUUCCAAUGAAUUCUGAUUUUAUUUCCAUUUUGGUAAACUUGAAGUUUGCUUAUUUUAUCCCUGCUUGGGAAAUUAAUCGCAGGGUAUUUAUAGCUUUUGUGGUUGUCCAAAGGGAGUUAUUUUGCGACAAGGAUUUCUGAGAUUUCCGCAUUCGGCCUGGCCUUUUCCCUGGCUCUUUUUAAAGACGGCUAUCUUAGUCUUUCUUUUGCCCUAUAAUUUUUGUUCCAUCUUUAAUUUAAUGCGAAGAAAAACAUUGUGCCUCCCGGAUCCUCCUCUUGAUGCCGGUGGCACCUGAUGAUGCUCCACCGCCUCCUUCUUUUAGGGGCAGCUGCCAUUCUGUAGGAUCUGAGGACCUUGUUUUGGGAGGUUGCGGAGCUGCUUGGCUUGAGGCUGCUGUCUGGGUCUGCUCACCCAUUGGGCGAACGCUGCUGGGCCCAAUGGGUCGUCCCUCCAAACGCUGGCACCCCUCUUUGCCAGAGGGCUUCCAUGGGGCCAGUGUGGGAGGGGAGAGGCGGGCAUGCCUCUUUCGUUGCUUCUCAGGCAGCUAUAGGUCUGGUUGUGGGGCUCUGAGCCUGUGGAGGGGCUGCGUGUCGCGCCAUUGCGAACCCACAAUAUUUGGGGGGCUCCUGUAGCCACUGACUCCCCAUUUUAAAAAUAAAAUCUGCAAACACUUCUUCUCUUCCCCCAAUCAGUGGUUUGAAAUCCUGGUUGAAAUAGCUUUACUUUGGGCCAUUGCAUCCAAUGUCUCUGGGAAGAUGGGCGCAUCUUCCAGCCUUGCGCUCUAGGAUGGGGGCUUGGCCCUUGGCCAUGGAGGCAUCUAGGGUUGAGAGAACCCCAUUAUUUGUUGCCAAUGGGGGUGCUUCCAGAGCAGGCUGAGCCGUCCGUGGCCUCGUCCGGGUCCUCCGUAGGACACAGUCCCCAGAGCUCCUCAGAUCCAUUUAAGUGUGGCAGCAGCGGCAGCAGCAACGUGGGUCAGUUGGGGGGGCAUUAAAUCUGGCAAUUUUCCAGUCCUCUGGUUUUGGUGAUAAGUUACAUAUUUUGGUUAAUAGUUCAGCAAGUUCCCACCUGAGUUCCCUGAAGCUCCCUUGGCUCUGGGGCCUGUUACUUUUUAACUUGCCAGAUGUGAAACCUCAUCCUUGGGAUCUUGUAUUUUGGUAAAGGCUCUGCCCCACCAGGAAGAAGCCCCAGCUGGGCAUGCCGGCAUGUCCUUCCCUUCUCUUGGCCAAGGGCUCCUUCUCCAGAUACUUUGUCCCAUGGCACUGUUAGGCACUGUUGCUGUUUUUGAAAGACCCCGCUCAAAGUCACCAUGCUGACCCAGACAGGAUGGCUCUCUGAGGUGCUGCUGCUCGUGCCAACUCCCCUCAUGCUUUCUUGUCUUGACUGAUAUACUUUUAUGCACUGACACUCCCCCACCGAAUGCGCCGUUCGCUUGGUGUGUGGACACAUGAACUUCCAGCUUAACCGUGGAGUCACCUGCUGGGUUCCCGGGGGAAGAAGUCUCAGGGGCCACCAAGGAAAAGAAGGGCGCACGUUCUGGCACAUUGAUGCCCGUCUGAACUAGAUGAGCAGCUAGAUCCCUCUUGGAAAAGAGAUAAGUGGGAGGCCAGAAUUUGUCCCUCACUGCUCUGAAUUACCAUUGUCAAGUCUGCAGAAAUUGGCCUGUGGGUUUUUAAGGAGGGUCUGGUGAAGGUUGGAUUAUUGUGAGGGGGAAGCAUCUUGUGGCAUGUGAUGAUUGGGCCACGGUUGAUGCGGGAGAGGGGUCUCUCUUUGGUGGCUGAGAAGGCAAGGCGUCUCCUCCUCCUCCGCUACUGAGAUGGCUUCUGCCAUGUUUGCCCCUUGCAGAUGUUUGCUAUGUAUUGUGUUGUGGCUCUGGCACAAUCUGGAUGCUUUCAGUUAACUAUUCCAACGAACUUGCUUUAUAAGCCGCUUUGCUUAUUUUAUGCAGAAAGGGGGAUUGGAAAUACUCCUUGUGGCUAGCUGGCCGGUCCCCUCGGAGUCCGGAGCAUGGAGACAGCGGCUUCUCCAGCUGGACCUUUGCUCUGACCUGAUCUUGGAGGGCUCUUCCCACAUUCUCUCUUCUGCCGCCUGAAGUAGUGGCACAAGGGGGCAUCUCUGGGUGCCUCCAGGGCAGGACUGCCACCCACAGCCCCCGAGGUGGGUUGCGGGGCAGAGGCCUUCAUGCGUUGGUUCUGGUGUUUUCAAGCAAAAGGUGGACAGAGUUUUAAAUGCUUGUUAUUUUAAUAGUAAGUUGUUACGUUUUUUUAGUCAAUUUUUUAAAAAUUCCAAAAUAUCUCUGAGAAUAUUCUAGGCAAAUAGAGUGAGGACAUUGCUAGUUGCAGCAUUUGUUUGUUUACUUGUAAAGUGUUGCCGUUUGUACCACCAGUGUGCAAAAGUUGCGCGUGGCCUGGCCUGGCCUGGCCUGGCGUGGCCACAGUUCCACUUCCAGGCUCUGGAUCAUUUUGCCUGCUGCAGCCUUCUUUUUAUGGCUGGGAAAUCUCAGCUUGCAAAGUUUUUGACGUGAUGCUUAAAAUAUUAACUGAAAUUGCACUUUCUUUCUUUCUUUCUUUCUUUCUUUCUUUUUCUUUGUGUUAUUGGUAUUCCUUUAAGAUUUCAGAAUUGCGCCAAUGCACUGGAAGUGACCUCUAUAACUUUUGAAUUAAGAAUUUAUGCCAUCUUGAAAUUUAUGAAACAUUUCAGCAUAAAAGAGAGCCUUUUUCCCUGAGGGAAAUUGGGCCAUAAAUCACCCUUUUGGCUUUGGGUCUGCUGCCCUGCGGCAGCCGGAGACAGGGCUGCCCCCCACUUCUUUCUGGGGCGUCAUCGCAGAAGACGCUCGGCCUCCAGCUCCCACUCGCUAGAAUUUUUAAUUUUAGCUGUUUCUGCUUGGAUUUAUUUCCAAUAUUCCAGCCUGGCUUUUCAAUUUCCUCAGUUAUUAAAUUUUAAUUCAGUGCAUUAGCAUUUAAAUUAAAAAGGGGGGCUAUUUUAUCGAACUCGCUUUUCCUGCCGCCCCUGAAUUGGCUGGUUUCUGCCGUUCUCACACAAAAAAGUGAAAUGUAGCCAGACUCCUAAUGUACAUUUACAGAAAUUCUGAAAUAAAAAAUAUCAAGGUUUGAAAUAAUAUUGCUUUCGGAGAAAGGCCUCUUGCCCUUGUCUCUGUGUCUCUGCAAAGGGGGCACUCUGGGACACAGCAGGCUUUUCUUUAAAGGGAGAUGAGUUUACAAUUACAAGCCAUUAAUUGAAAACACAAAUUUAUCAGCAAAGAUUUAUCAAUGUGUCUGACAUUUGCUGGCGCUGUGCCGGCGUUUCGGCCGAGGCCGGUGCGGACAGUCUCCCUCGCAGGGCUGCGGGGCAGAAUGGGCCUUUUCUUGCUGGGCAGGAGAGACCCUGCCCCACGCCUAUGGAGGGGUCUUGGGAGGACAUGAUGGAGGAGCUUCAGGGCCUUGGUGUGGGCAGUUGACCCAUGGAGGCCCAGGCUCAGGGCUGGGGGUCCCUCUCUGGCCUUUACCUUCCGGACUGCAUACCCCAUUGGCAGCCUCCUCCAGCCCCACACACUGCUUUGGGGGCUGCAGCUCCCAACAUGGCCAGCGCUUGGGGAGCCUGGGGCUGUGACACGUUGUGCCAAGGGCUACUGGCCCAAGGCUGGCCAGGCAGAUGGGCAGCCGCCUGCUGGGCUUUCCAGCAGAAGUCUUGACCAUCUGCCCUCCCAGGAGACGCCGCGCUGGGAACGGCGUGCGGUUGACUGCUGGAUGUCCGUUCUGUGUGUUUCCUAGAUAGUCCUGUUUGGUUUCCCCUUUCCCCUGAACUCUUGGUCUGCUUAGGCAAUUCUCUGUGAAAGAGAAACCUCUGACUCUAUGAGAAUUUGGCUACUAGAAACAGGAAUGGGCUACUGACUUGGUUCUUUUUUUACAGGACUUUUGGCAAGAGCUUCCGUCUUGAGUUUCUUGGCCAGGCGGAUGAGAUGGAGGGCGGUUUCGUCCAUCUUGUGUCCCUUUGCCGCAGGCCGAGGGGAGCAGCAGCAGCGUUGGGACCAGAGCUUCCACAAACAGGGAGCGACUGAAGAGGACCCAGAAGAGCAUGAAGGCGGAGGGCUCCGAGUCGGCCGCCUCUCAGUCCUCGCACAGCAAGGAGACAGUGACAACCAUGACGGAGGUUAAAGUGAAGACGGAGGUCCCAGAUGACUACAUCCAGGAGGUGAUCUGGCAAGACGACGCCAAAGAUUCCAAGAAGAGCCUGAAGGACGGGGCCGGUGAGGUGCCGGCUGAGAUCUGUGUGGUGAUCGGUGGAGUCCGCAACCAGCAGACGCUCGGAUCUUAUGAGUGUGGGAUCUGUGGAAAGAAAUACAAGUAUUACAACUGUUUCCAGACCCAUGUUCGGGCACACAGAGACACGGAAGCUGCAUCGGGCGAAGGAGCCUCCCAAGGCAACAACUUUAGGUACACAUGUGACAUCUGCGGGAAGAAGUACAAGUACUACAGUUGCUUCCAGGAGCACCGAGACCUGCAUGCAGUGGAUGAUCCAUACGACCAAGCAAUGAUUGCAAAGGAAGAGGUCAAGGAAGAGGAGCCCGAGCCCUUUCAGAAGAUUGGUCCAAGUAUGACUUACCGAGUUUGCAACUUAAAAACAGGCAACUACACCUGUGAGUUCUGUGGCAAGCAGUACAAGUACUACACUCCCUACCAGGAGCACGUGGCGCUUCACGCCCCAAUCAAGUACUCGCGAUCUCCACUCUUCGUGGCUGUGAAGACCCAAGCGAGCCAGUCGGGCAAAAAAACGCCAGCUGCGUCCAUAAUCCGGUGCUCUACCCUCGUCCACCGCACUCCCUCCGGUGCCCCACCGGCAUCCCAGCCCCAGAUGUUCCGCGCUCCAAAUUCUGGAUCCCCCGGAAGCAAGGCCACCACAGAAAGUGCUUUCAGUCGAAGAGUGGAAAGCAAAAUGCAAAACAACUUUGAAGAAACCAACAGCAGCUCCCAACACUCUAGCGAACCAUACACCUGCGGGGCCUGCGGCAUUCAGUUCCAGUUCUACAACAACCUCCUGGAGCACAUGCAGUCCCAUGCAGCUGACAAUGAGAACAGCGUCGCCUCAAACCAACCCAGGUCACCUCCAGCAGUGGUGGAAGAGAAGUGGAAACCGCAGCCCCAAAGGAACAACACCAACAACAUGCCAGCCGGCAGCUCCCUGGCCAACAGCGCCAUCCCUGAGAAAGAGCGGCAGAACAUUGCUGAGAGGCUGCUGCGAGUGAUGUGUGCUGAUCUGGGGACGCUGAGCGUGGUGAGCAGUAAGGAGUUCAUCAAGCUGGCACAGACGCUGGUGGACAGCGGUGCCCGCUACGGGGCCUUCUCAGUCACGGAAAUUCUGGGCAACUUCAACACGCUGGCCCUCAAGCACUUGCCCCGGAUGUACAACCAGGUGAAGGUGAAGGUCACCUGUGCCCUGGGCAGCAACGCCUGCCUGGGCAUUGGGGUCACCUGCCACUCGCAGAGCGUGGGGCCCGACUCUUGCUACAUCCUGACGGCCUACCAGGCAGAGGGCAACAGCAUCAAGAGCUACGUCCUGGGCGUCAAAGGGGUGGACGGCCGGGACAAUGGCGACCUGGUCCACCACUGGGUGCAGAACGUCCUGUCGGAGUUUGUGAUGCCCGAGAUCCGGACAGUCUACGUCACAGACUGCAAGGUGAACGCCUCGGCAUUCUCGAAGGCAGGCCUCUGCCUGCGCUGCUCAGCCUGCGCCUUGAACUCGGUGGUGCAGAGCGUGCUGAGCAAGCGGACGCUGCAGGCGCGCAGCAUGCACGAGGUCAUUGAGCUGCUCAAUGUCUGCGAGGACCUGGCAGGCUCGGCAGGCAUCUCCAAGGAGACCUUUGGCUCCCUUGAGGAGACAGCACCCCCACCCUGCUGGCUCUCGGUCACGGACUCCCUCCUGCUUGUCCACGAGCGCUACGAGCAGAUUUGCGAGUUCUACAGCCGGGCCAAGAAGAUGAACCUCAUCCAGAACCUCAACAAGCACCUGCUCAGCAACCUGGCAGCCAUCUUGGCCCCCGUGAAGCAGGCGGUCAUCGAGUUGAGCUGCGAGAGCCGCCCCACGUUGCAGCUGGUGCUGCCCACCUACGUGAAGCUGGAGAAGCUCUUCACCGCCAAGGCCAACGACGCAGGCAUCGUCAGCAAGCUCUGCCAUCUCUUCCUGGAGGCCCUGAAGGAGAACUUCAAGGUGCACUCGGCCCACAAGGUGGCCAUGAUCCUGGACCCUCAGCAGAAGCUGCGCCCUGUGCCGCCCUACCAGCACGAAGAGAUCAUCGGCAAGGUGUGCGAGCUGAUCAAUGAGGUGAAGGAGUCCUGGGCUGAGGAGCCGGAGUUUGAGCCGUCCGCCAAAAAGCCACGUGGCUCCGGCGAGGGCUCCCCGGGGGUCCAGGAGGAGGAUCGCUCCAGCAAAAAUGAGGUCUACGACUACUUGCAGGAGCCCCUCUUCCAGGCGCCCCCCGACCUCUUUCAGUACUGGUCCUGCGUGACGCAGAAGCACACGAAACUGGCCAAGCUGGCCUUCUGGCUCCUGGCCGUGCCGGCAGUGGGGGCCAGGAGUAAUUGUGUAAAUAUGUGUGAACAAGCCCUCUUGAUUAAGAGGCGGCGGCUCCUGAGCCCCGAGGAUAUGAACAAACUCAUGUUCUUGAAGUCCAACAUGCUUUAAAACUCUUUGGGGGAGGGGAGGGGGAGGGGGAGGCGGGUGGGUGGGGGGAGCGUUCCCCCUCCAGAGCGGACCAUUGAUGCCGCCACAGCCGCCACCGCUGCUGCCUCAGGCAAAACACUGUUCCAAACCAAGAAUCCCAUUUAAGUUCUAAACACUGUGGACCUCAUUCUGAAUGCCCUGGGACACAAGAAGCCAAGAGAGAAAAUGCUUUUUAUAGAUAUAUAUAUAGAUAUAUAUUAAUAUGUAUAUAAAAAGCUACCUUUGGAAGGAGUCCUGGGUGUGGGGGAGCCCUCUUCCUCUUCCUCCUCCGCUAAGAAGGGCACUCCUUGCUCCAGAAAAGUGUGUGAACUUGACAAACGCAAGGCAUGUCUUUAGAGGGCAGACCAAUUGGAUGCUUAUACUCCGACAUCUUCAGGCAGCUGAGUUUCUAAAUUGACUUGAAGGGUUGUUUUUGUUAUUGUUGUUGUUAUUAUAAUUAUUAUUAUAAUUAUUAUUAUCCUUUUUAAAACAUGGAGACCUCCUUCCAACCCCUCUCUCCCCAUCUUUUCUGCCCCCCAAUGCUGCCGCGCCCCUCGGCCCUCCUGCCAGGGAGACCCUUUGCCUGGCCCUCUGUGGGCCCCAAUCCCAAGAGUAAACCAUGCGCCGCGAGGAAGGCUUUGCAUCUUGGCCUUCAGAACUUAGAAGAACUCGCCACGUUCCAGGUUUGCAGGCAGCUGCGUUUCAGACUCAUCCAGAUCUCCCAGAAAGCAGGAAUGGAGACGUGAAGGAUUUUUUAAAAGUAAGUUGUUUUUGCCUUUAUUGGGUCCCCCCCCCCCCCCGUUCUUUGAAAGAGAAUAUUCUCUCUCUCUCUCUCUCUCUCUCUUCCUGAGUUAGAUUACUAAAGAUGUUACCUUUCUUUUUAAAAAAGAGUUGGUUGAUUUAGACCUGAAAUAAUUUAUUACAGCAAGGAAUGUCUGUAACUAAUCUGGGUCUUCGGUAGGUUUUCUUUCCCUCUUCCUCGCCCGUCCCGUCCUCUCCGCUUUCUGGUGUAUCACAAAUGGUCCUCUUUUGGGGCCCGAGCGUCAGAUUUCUCUGUCAGGUGAAGCAGGGCUGGGGGUGCCGUUCCCAGAGGGCGAGACCCCCGUGGUGGCAGUGGGUCGGCUGGAGUCUUCUCCCUCAGCGGGGCUGACCAUGGCAGCUGGCACCAUGUGACCUCCCAAAAGCACUUGACCGCUUCUGAGCCUGUCAUCUUUAUAUUCCGUGUUCAAAAAAUAGCUGGCCCCGCAGCGGUGGUUCUUCGGGCAAGGCCCUCCUCCCUUGGCAGAAGGUAAGAUGGACAAGGUGUGUGGUGCUGACGUGUCUCCCUCCUUUAGGCUCCAAAAGGGGGGGCAGGGGUAGCAGGGGCAUGUUCAGCCCUGGCAGCUCCAAACUGACGGCCAUUGCUGUAAAAAGCAGGGUAGAUGGGGGAGUCUAACAGCCUCCAGGCUCUGCCUGCAGUCGGGAAGAAAGCAAGCGCUCACUUGUUCCAAGGGGGCUACUUCCACUUAGCCACCUGCCACCCCCCCCCC